GGAAGGCGGUAGAUGGCAAACGUAGAAUAAAUGUCCAUCUUGUCCACCGAGCGAAAUCGAGGGGAGGGGACCCGUCAGGGUUGCGGGGGGCGGCGGCGAAGAGGGAUCUGGCCCAUUAAAACCAGCUCUGAGAGUCCUGGCGGCGGCGGCGGCGGCGGCGGCGGCGGCGGCGGCGCGGGACGCGUCACAUCCCCUUGACCCUCCAAUCACCUCGGGCUCCCAUUUGAUUGGAAGGCGGCAAAGGCUUUAAUCUCCCCCUCGGUGCAGCUGCUUUUGAAGUGAGUUUCCUCGCCAGAGCCCCGGCUGGACAGGCAGAGGCUCACAUCGUAGAGCGGAGCGCCGGCUCGGGGGCGGCCGGAGCGCAACGCAGGGGCGCAGCCCCAGGCGGACACCGCGAGCCGCCGCCCGGCACCCCUGCAGUCCCUCCGGCUCCUUCGGCCCGGCCACGGCUCCAACUGCGGGCCAUCCAGGAUUACUCGCUUCUGGCUCCCGGCGCCAAGAAGGCGCGCUGGACACCCGUGGCCGCCGCGCCAGCUCCUCCUCCUCUUCCUUCUCCUCCUCCUCUUCCUCCUCCUCCUCCCGCUGCGGCUCCAACUCCCCGGGCGAGCGCGCAGCCCCGAGCCCGCCCCGCGCCUCCCGGAGCCCGCCCCCCGCUGCUCCCAUGCGCGCGGGUGGGUCAUGAGCACAGCGCCCUCGCUUUCUGCCCUAAGAAGCAGUAAGCACAGCGGCGGCGGCGGCGGCGGCGCAGACCCUGCCUGGACCAGCGCGAUCUCUGGAAAUAGCUCCGGUCCCGGCCCAGGCUCGUCCCCGGCCGGCAGCACCAAGCCUUUUGUGCACGCCGUGCCCCCCUCUGACCCUCUACGCCAGGCCAACCGCCUGCCCAUCAAGGUGCUGAAGAUGCUGACGGCACGGACUGGCCACAUUUUGCACCCCGAGUACCUGCAACCCCUGCCUUCCACGCCCGUCAGUCCCAUUGAGCUCGAUGCCAAGAAGAGCCCACUGGCGCUGCUGGCGCAGACAUGCUCGCAGAUAGGGAAGCCCGACCCCUCGCCCUCUUCCAAACUCUCCUCGGUCGCCAACAACGGGGGCGGCGCGGGUGGUGCUGGCGGCGGCGCUGGGGGCGACAAGGACGCCAAGUCGGGCCCCCUGAAGCUGAGCGACAUCGGCGUGGAGGACAAGUCGAGUUUCAAGCCGUACUCCAAACCUGGCUCGGAUAAGAAGGAGCCGGGAGGCGGCGGUGGAGGUGGAGGCGGCGGGGGCGGCGGCGGGGGUGUUUCGGCCGAGAAGUCGGGAUUCCGGGUACCGAGCGCCACCUGCCAGCCAUUCACGCCCAGGACAGGCAGCCCCAGCUCUAGCGCCUCGGCCUGUUCUCCAGGAGGCAUGCUGCCCUCGGCCGGGGGCGGCCCCGAGGGCAAGGAUGACAAGAAAGACCCAGACGCGGGCGGUGGCGGCGGCAGCAAGGGCGCCGGGGGCGCCUCGGCCGAAGGGGGACCCACGGGGCUGGCGCACGGCCGGAUUAGCUGCGGUGGCGGAAUUAACGUGGACGUGAACCAGCACCCAGAUGGGGGGCCCGGGGGCAAAACUCUAGGCUCGGAUUGUGGUAGCUCCUCCGGCUCCAGCUCCGGUUCGGGCCCCAGUGCGCCCACCUCGUCCUCGGUGCUGGGCUCUGGGCUGGUGGCUCCGGUGUCUCCCUACAAGCCCGGCCAGACAGUGUUCCCGCUGCCUCCCGCGGGCAUGACCUACCCUGGCAGCCUGGCCGGGGCCUACGCCGGCUACCCGCCCCAGUUCCUGCCCCACGGCGUGGCGCUCGACCCCACCAAGCCCGGCAGCCUGGUCGGGGCCCAGCUGGCGGCAGCCGCAGCCGGCUCCCUGGGCUGCAGCAAGCCGGCCGGCUCGAGCCCCUUGGCCGGAGCGUCGCCGCCGUCGGUGAUGACCGCCAGUUUGUGCCGGGACCCGUACUGCCUCAGCUACCACUGCGCCAGCCACCUGGCCGGGGCGGCGGCCGCCAGCGCGUCGUGCGCCCACGACCCGGCCGCCGCGGCCGCCGCGCUCAAGUCCGGAUACCCGCUGGUGUACCCCACGCACCCGCUGCACGGAGUGCACUCCUCGCUGACGGCAGCCGCCGCGGCGGGGGCCACCCCGCCCUCGCUGGCCGGCCACCCCCUCUAUCCCUACGGCUUCAUGCUCCCCAACGACCCGCUCCCGCACAUCUGCAACUGGGUGUCGGCCAACGGGCCGUGCGACAAGCGCUUCGCCACGUCCGAAGAGCUGCUGAGCCACUUGCGGACCCAUACGGCCUUCCCUGGAACAGACAAACUGCUCUCGGGCUACCCCAGCUCGUCGUCUCUGGCUAGCGCGGCCGCCGCAGCCAUGGCUUGCCACAUGCACAUCCCCACGUCCGGCGCACCCGGCAGCCCAGGGACGCUGGCGCUGCGCAGCCCCCACCACGCGCUGGGACUCAGCAGCCGCUACCACCCCUACUCCAAGAGCCCGCUCCCCACGCCCGGCGCCCCCGUGCCGGUGCCCGCCGCCACCGGACCCUACUACUCCCCCUACGCCCUCUACGGACAGAGACUGACCACCGCCUCGGCGCUGGGUUAUCAGUGAGGGUGGUGGGGAGGGCUAGCCGGGGAGAGAAAGGAGCUGGGGGGAGGGGAGGAGCCGAGGGAAGGGCGGGAGCCACGGCCAAGGCCGCUGACACCCUUGCGCGUGGGGGAAGACCCGGGCCACCGAAGGAAACAAGUAUAUCCUCUUAUCUAUCUACCCCACAACAGUGGUGAUCGAGACCCGGUGGGAAAUUUCCCUUUCCUCAUCUCUCACCUCCCCACCCAAACUUUAUAAAAGUUGGAAAAGAAAAUAUCAUUUGACUUUUUAUAGAAAACGAAGGAAAAAAAUAAUUGAGAAAGUGUACAUCUGAGAACUUCAUUGGUGGACACUGGUAAUUUAUUUAUGUUAGCUCCAAGCGGACCCGUGGUUCAAAAGUGCAUUAUUUAGUUUGAGCUCCGUAGGUUAAAAAGGAGGAGGGAAAAAGGAAA